AUCACUUCACGCCAGCCAACUUUGUUGUAGCCAUCUUUUUAUUAUUCCUUGGAGACGCAGCCAUGCAUCCGAAAACCAUAACACUCACAUGUAGUCUCUGUUUCAAUUAAAAAAAAAGUGUGUCGCCAUGAACCAUUAUAGCAAAAAUAAUACAAGCCCUUGAUUGUCGAGUUGCGAGAUGUUUCAGUCGCAUUUUCUAGCGCCCUUAUAUUGAUUAAUUCGUCUCUGUUCAGCCACGUGUGAUGCUGGCUGGUCGCAUUCCUUUGUUCCCUGCGCUGUAGUCUGCGCCUAUACUGGAGCCUAAGUUCAAGCCUGGCUGUGUUUACAGUCUGUUAAUAGUGUUAUGAUCGAGCGCACUGCUAAGUUACUACAGAAAACUUAAGUUUAUGGCCUCAGCCAGGUUUAGAUGAGAUCCAUUACAAAAUUCUCUGGAACUGACUUCACAAAAGAGGACACAUGACUUCUAUAGCACUUGGUCUACGAUGAAAUGUCUACUUAAAACCAGAGUCAACUAAUGAGCUUAUGCAAUCUUGAUGACCACAUUGUGUAAUAUGCAAGCCAUUAAGAAGGAGCCCUCGUGCACUGGGCCCUACAGUGGAGAGGAUGCCUUGGUGCUGGCAGUGGCUUUGCAAGGGACAGACAGGGACCUGAUUAACCACAAGCUGUCCACCAUGCCCUUUAAGAACAAGUCCACCACCUGUCGCAGAAAACGCGAGUUCAUACCAGACGAGAAGAAAGACAACCUAUAUUGGGAAAGGAGGCGCAAGAACAACGAAGCAGCCAAACGUUCACGAGAAAAGCGCCGACUCAACGACAUGGUUCUGGAGAACAAGCUCAUGGCCCUCGGGGAAGAGAACGCAUCGCUGAAAGCCGAGCUUCUGUCGCUUAAACUCAGGUUUGGCUUAGUGAGCUCAGCGACUUACGCUCAGGAGGUGCAGAACAUUUCCAGUUCCACUGCUGCACUCUAUCAGGAACUUAUCCCAGCCAGUGCCGCCAAGGGUUCUUACCCAAGUGAGCUCGAGCCAGCGCGUUUAACCAGCAGCCACAUAUCAGUCAUCAAGCACUCACCUCACAGCGCCUUGUCCGAUGGAUCCGACUCAAGUAUGGUCACCCAGGGGAGCCCACUUAUAAAUAUAUCCCGAACCCCUGACAGCAUCAAACAAGAAACCCUGGAAACCGGCAGAUAUGCCAAGGACAGGGCAAGUCCAUAUGAACUGUACAGGAACUACCUUAGCAGCCCUUUCCCUGGGAGCUACUCCCAGCCAUCGUCGUUCUUGCAAAUCGCCAGAUCGUCUAGCAAUUCGCCACGAACAUCUGACGGUGAUGACGGGGCUGUAAGCAAGUCCUCAGAUGGAGAGGAUGAACAGCAGGUCCCGAAGGGUCCGGUUCCACCCAGGGCCGAUUCACAGAGUGUGAUUGUGUCGACCCUCAAAGUGCCAGAUGCCAGUGCCUCAGCUUUGCCCCACAAGUUGAGGAUCAAAGCCCGGGCCAUCCAGAUCAAAGUGGAGGCUAUUGAUCCCGACUAUGAAUCAUCUGGCAAGUCCUCCUUUCCCAUUGACAUGUCUGCAAGUAGAUGCUACCAAAUGAAUCGGUACGUUUCACCCGAGUACAUUCAGUCAUCUCUAAGCCCGAUGUCCUUCCAGAUGACUGAUGUUCAGGACUGGGGUCAGCAGCCGAAGGAAUGGCACAAAGAUCACCCGGAGGAACCAACUAACUGCAAACACCGGCACUGUCCAGACUCACCGAGACCUAUGCCUAACCAACUCAUCGCCGACCUUAAAAGCGACUCGUAUGCUAGCUCCGAUUCUGAGAACUUGUACUUGAAACAGGGCAUUGCUGAUCUGUCGGCAGAAGUGGCCUCCUUGAAAAGACUGAUUACUAAACAGCAAGCGUCUGUUAUCGAGUCCACGAAAAGCACUACUGAAAUUGACUCAUUAUGAAAAGGAUUUUUCUGAAACUAAGUUCCCUCUAUUUGCACAACGCCUGUUUUCCACUGUGUUCGCUACUGCACUGUGCGGUUGUUAUGGUGUCAAAGAGCUGCACUUCAUUGAGAAGAAUGGUGUUUUGUGCACUUACUGUUGUAGUUUGGCGUGUCUUCUUGAUGACUCCAUUUGUAGACCAAAAAUUGGGCUACUGCUAAUGUUAACUUCUCAAUUUAUUGUACAUUGUAUGUUCUCUUUUGUUUACAAUAAAUGCAAGCACUGAAA